AUGGCUCGCCUUCUCAACACCUCCUUCCUCCCCAGCUCUCAAACCCUCCGCCGGAGCCCUAGUUCCUCUGCGCCGGCUCUAAUUUCCGGGCGCCGGAGCAGGCUUCAAGUCCAGGCCAAGAUUCGCGAGAUCUUCAUGCCGGCGCUGAGCUCUACCAUGACUGAGGGCAAGAUCGUGUCUUGGGUCAAGUCCGAGGGCGAGAAGCUCUCCAAGGGCGAGAGCGUCGUCGUCGUCGAAUCCGAUAAGGCCGACAUGGACGUCGAGACUUUCUACGACGGUUACUUGGCCUCAAUUAUGGUCGAGGAAGGCGGCGUCGCCGCCGUCGGUUCAGCUAUCGCGCUAUUGGCUGAGACCGAAGAGGAGAUCGCCGAGGCCAAGGCAAAGGCCAGUUCUUCAUCGGCAGCACCAACAGCGGCUCCAGCUGCAGCAACUCCAGAGCCGCAACCGGAGAAAAUUCCGGAUAAUGUAGGUCCCGCGGUGGUCCCUAAGGCGGCGGCUGUGGCGGCGGUGUCUUCGACUCACCCGGCAUCCGAGGGAGGAAAGAGAAUCGUGGCAUCGCCGUAUGCGAAGAAGCUGGCAAGGGAGUUGAAGGUGGAUUUGGGGGCAGUGGUGGGAACUGGGCCAUUGGGGAGGAUUGUGGCUAAGAAUGUGGAAGCCUUUGCUGCUCAGGUGACGGAGGUCGCUCCUGAACCAAGCGUUCGGAAGUCGGCGGAUGCUGAGGCGGGGAUUGAGUUGGGGACGGUGGUGCCUUUUACAACAAUGCAGGGGGCUGUGAGUAGGAACAUGCUUGAGAGUCUCUCAGUGCCUACUUUCAGAGUGGGAUACACUAUCACCACUGAUGCUCUGGAUGCUCUGUACAAAAAGAUCAAGUCAAAGGGAGUUACCAUGACAGCAUUGCUUGCGAAGGCAACAGCACUUGCGUUGGUUAAACAUCCUGUUGUCAACUCUGGCUGUAGGGAUGGUAAGAGCUUUACCUAUAAUAGCAGCAUUAAUAUUGCAGUAGCAGUGGCAAUCGAUGGUGGGUUGAUUACACCAGUGCUUCAGGAUGCGGACAAGGUUGACAUAUAUUCAUUGUCAAGAAAGUGGAAGGAGUUAGUUGACAAGGCCAGGGCUAAGCAACUGCAACCUCAUGAAUACAAUACAGGUACUUUCACUGUCUCUAAUCUUGGGAUGUUUGGUGUUGAUCGGUUUGAUGCUAUUCUGCCACCUGGAACUGGAGCAAUUAUGGCUGUUGGAGCAUCUCAGCCUACUGUUGUGGGUACUAAGGAUGGUCGGAUUGGUAGAAAGAACCAAAUGCAGGUAAAUGUUACCGCUGAUCAUCGUAUAAUUUAUGGUGCUGAUCUUGCUUCAUUCUUGCAAACCUUGGCAAAGAUUAUUGAGGACCCCAAAGAUCUUACCUUCUAG